AUGCCGGCAAAUACAAGCCGUCCCCAUGGGGAGAGCGAAGAAGCUCCGCCUAAGGAUCAACAAUAUCCAGUGCGAUGGAACAAGUCGACGUUUUACAACAUGACCGUCUUGGGUCUUUGCAACCUCGCGGCUCCGGGUAUUUGGGGCGCCAUGAACUCUCUCGGUGCUGGAGGCGCGGCUAAGCCGUACCUCGUCAACACCGCCAAUGCCUUGACGUUUUGUCUCAUGGUUGUGUCGUGUUAUUUUUCUGGUGUCCUUGUCCACUAUAUCGGUAUCAAGGGAGCUCUCAUUUUCGGAACGAUUGGCUACGCUCCGUUUGCUGCUGGGCUCUAUACUAACAACCGGUUCGGAACCGAAUGGCUGACUCUGUUUGGUGCCGCUCUCUGCGGUAUAUCAGCAGGAGUGUUUUGGAUGGCCGAAGCGGCGAUCGCCAUUGCAUAUCCCGAACCCUGGAAUCGGGGGAAGGCCCUCGGAUACUGGCUCACCUACCGACUGAGCGGCCAAAUCAUCGGGGGCGCAAUCAAUCUGGGGCUCAACAUUGACCGCGACGAGGCAGGAAAGGUGUCAUACACGGUGUUCCUGAUCUUCAUCGCCAUCCAGGCUGCUGGGCCCCUUGUCGGUCUUCUUCUCACACCUCCAGGACAGGUUGAGCGGAAGGAUGGGAAGAAGGUCAACCUCUCGAUUGUACAGAAUCCUUGGCUCGAGCUGAAGGAAAUGACGAAGCUUUUCUUCAAGAAGGAAUUUCUUCUUAUUGUCUUGCUUAUCGGCCAAGCAGUGUUCGCUGAAGCAGUGUUCUUUACAUAUUUGUCUCUUUGGUUUAGCGUCAGGGCCCGAGCCUUGGGUUCGUUCCUUUCUGGAAUUGUCGCCGUUAUUGCCGGCAACCUUCUCGGGAACUGGCUAGACCGAACAAAAAUCUCGCUCAAGACCCGUUCUCGGGGCGCCUUCUGGACGAUCCUGACAUUGCAGGGUGGCUGGUGGAUCUGGGCUACUGUCCUUGUCACCAAGUUCCGGACUACGAGACCAACCUACGACUGGACCAGCCCCGGAUUUGGGGCAGCCUUUGCAGUGUUCAUCUUUUUGACUCUGGGAUUCCAGAUCAACUAUUUGUUCCUGUACUUUGUAAUUCACAACCUUGCCAAAGACGAAUCCGAGGUAAUUCGAUACGCCGGCCUCCUCCGUGGUACUGAGUCUGCGUGGCAAGCUGUUAGUUACGGCCUCUCGUCGGUCAAGAUAUUCUCCGAGGUCGGAGGAGUGUACUUGAAUUUCGGACUAUGGGGUAUCUCCAUAUUCCCUGCCUGGCUCGUAAUACGCCAUUUUGGGGCCAAGGUUGUCACUAGCGAAGGGGCCCCAGUUUCUCUGAAUGAAAAGGAGGGCGUUUCGUCCGACGGGGACGUUCCUGGCAAGGAGGGGCGGCCUUGA